AUGGCUUUCCACGCAAGUGGGUUGCCGAGUAUCGCGGCCGCGACGUCCGAUUUGUGGCCGUCGCUCGCGAACACCCUCGCAAUCCCCUGGAGAAGCUCAACCUACGGCGGUGCAACCUCAAGAACCCGACCAAACUAUACCCCGGCGGGCAAGUCGCCGGUGGCGACAGCGAAUCAACAUGUCAAGGACGGUAUCUCUACCCAAGCGCCGAGGAAUGCGGCGACCCAGACGAAAACCGAGCUGCCCGAAUUCCUCCGGGAUGCGAUGGUCUCGUCACCCUUCCUCGACCGCCGCCUCGCAAAUGCAUCGCCCGUCAACAUCUUCUCCGAAGUAUUGAACAGCUCAAGGACCUCUAUCAACAUGGCGAAUCCGCUCAUGCGCCGCUCCUACGCGGCUCUGAUGGCCCGCCCGUUGACUACGCUCCCCGGCUUCCGGUCGAUGAGCACCUACCAGCCGAGCCGCAUGCAGCAGUUCACCUGGAUCGAUAGUCAGCCCUUCUCUCGGAACAUUCAGACUCGGCGCUUUGGCACCGGUGGCGUCCCCCGCGACCUCCUCGCUAACCGCGAGGCUGCUGCCAACCGGAACCCCAACAGCGCCACCGCCCAAAACUCGUUCUAUCAGCUGCUCUUGAAGGCGAACAUGCCUGCAAUUGUUGUUGAGCGCUACCAGUCUGGCCGGUUUGCAACCAACGAGGCUACGGACGAGGCUUACCAAAAGGCGCUCUCGAUGAUCAACGGUAGUACGACUGUGAACUCUCUCGGCGAUUCGACUGCCAAUGCUUCUGGGCUUACCCCCACCGGACUGCAGAUGGUCGGUCAGGCGGUUGCGGCCCAUCGCACCGGCGGCAACAUGGCAUUCUCGACAGGCAACGGCGCUAAGAACGGACCUCUGCACGUCAUCGUCGACGAGACGUUUGGUUCGUCUGCUCUUCGCUGGAUCCGGUUUCUCCUUUGGUUCGGUCUCUGCGCUUACCUCAGCUUGGUUAUCGUCACCAUGGUCGUGGAGGGCAUGACGACGUUCAAGCGACCAGGCAGCAAGGUUGACGGCAUCGAGGCGAAAGCGGAGAACCAGAAAGCCCGCUUUGCUGACGUGCACGGCUGCGACGAAGCUAAGGAAGAACUCCAGGAGCUGGUCGACUUUCUGCGGAAUCCUGAUAAGUUCAGCAACCUCGGCGGCAAGCUUCCCAAGGGUGUCCUGCUGGUUGGUCCCCCGGGCACUGGCAAGACCCUACUGGCUCGGGCGGUCGCCGGCGAGGCUGGCGUGCCGUUCUUCUUCAUGUCCGGUAGCGAGUUCGACGAGAUCUACGUCGGUGUCGGUGCUAAGCGCGUUCGCGAGCUCUUCAAUGCGGCUAAAUCGAAGUCUCCUUCCAUUGUCUUCAUCGAUGAACUGGACGCUAUUGGUGGCCGACGCAACUCGCGCGAUGCCACCUACGUCCGGCAGACACUGAAUCAAUUACUUACCGAGAUGGACGGCUUCGCCCAGAACAGCGGAGUCAUCAUUCUGGCCGCCACCAACUUCCCCGAGUCACUCGAUAAAGCGCUUACCCGGCCUGGCCGCUUUGAUCGCCACGUCGUCGUCUCCCUCCCCGACGUCCGUGGCCGGAUCGCCAUCCUGCGCCACCACGCAAAGAAGAUCAAGAUGGGUCCCGACGUCAACCUUGAAGCUAUUGCUGCCCGCACCUCGGGCUUGUCUGGUGCCGAGCUCGAGAACAUUGUCAACCAGGCGGCUAUCCGUGCUAGCAAGGCCAAGGCCAACUCCGUUCUGCAGACGCAUUUCGAGUGGGCCAAGGACAAGGUGAUCAUGGGUGCCGAGAAGAGGAGCAUGGUCAUCACGCCCAAGGAGAAGGAGAUGACGGCGUACCACGAGGCCGGCCACGCCCUGGUUGCCUACUACUCCAAGCCCAACGCGUUCGAGCUCUACAAGGUCACUAUCCUCCCGCGCGGCCAAAGCCUUGGCCACACGGCCUUCCUUCCCGAGAUGGACAAGUACUCAUAUACCGUCCGCGACUACUUGAGUAUCAUUGACCGCGCCAUGGGUGGCAAGGUUGCCGAGGAGAUUGUCUACGGCAAUGAGUAUGUGACUAGUGGCGUCCAUUCGGAUCUGGACUCGGCCACCCGGACGGCCUGGCAGAUGGUGGGCCAGCUCGGCAUGUCUGAGCGUCUUGGCCCUGUCGAGUACCUUCGCGCGUACGAUCGGCUGAGCUCCGAGACGCGCGCAAUGGUCGAGGCCGAAGUGAAGAGGUUGCUGGACGAGUCUUAUGCGCGUGCUCGCGCUCUACUGGUUUCCAAGAGGAAGGAGCUCGAUCUCCUUGCCAAGGCCCUUGUAGAGUACGAGACGCUUGACCGUGCCGAGGUCGAGAAGGUCAUCCGCGGUGAGAAGCUAGAGGGCCGCAUCUCCAUUCCGCCUGGGCCGAUGGCAGUGCCCAAGCCUACAGAGCCUAUUGAGCCUGGCUUGAUCCCGCCGCUGCCUGGUGCGCCUGGUGACGGUGCGGGACCGGGAAGUCCGCCGCCGCCGGCGCCCCCACCCCCGGCACCCACGAGGCAAAUAUCGGGGCCGGAUAUUAGCCAGGAGUAG